GCAAGCAUUCCUAUCGAAGCACUCCAAAUAAUAUUCUACACACUGUUGAUGUGGUCACGUAUCUGAGAACAAACAUGAGACUUGUUAUUCUUGACGACUACGACUUGGCCAGUGAAUGGGCUGCCAAGUACAUCCGAAACCGAAUCAUCCAGUUCAAACCCAGUGCCGACAAAUAUUUUACAUUAGGACUGCCCACAGGAAGCACUCCCCUUGGCUGUUACAGGAAGCUGAUUGAGUAUCAUAAGAAUGGAGAUCUCUCUUUCAAAUAUGUCAAAACUUUCAAUAUGGAUGAAUAUGUUGGCUUGCCCAGGGACCACCCAGAGAGCUACCAUUCUUAUAUGUGGGAAAACUUCUUUAAGCAUAUUGACAUCCAGCCCCAAAACGCCCACAUCUUGGAUGGGAAUGCACCGGACCUUCAGGCAGAGUGUGAUGCCUUUGAGAGGAAGAUAACUGAAGCUGGUGGCAUAGAGCUGUUUGUUGGAGGCAUCGGGCCAGACGGUCACAUCGCCUUUAAUGAGCCUGGGUCUAGUCUUGUGUCUAGGACAAGAGUGAAGACCUUGGCUAAGGACACUAUCCUUGCCAAUGCCAGAUUCUUUGGGAAUGACCUCUCAAAAGUUCCCACCAUGACCCUUACAGUUGGAGUGGGAACUGUGAUGGACGCCCGAGAGGUGAUGAUUUUGAUCACGGGAGCUCAUAAAGCCUUUGCCCUAUACAAGGCCAUAGAAGAAGGUGUGAACCAUAUGUGGACUGUGUCAGCUUUUCAGCAGCAUCCACAUACCAUCUUUGUAUGUGAUGAAGACGCCACACUUGAACUCAGAGUCAAGACUGUGAAGUACUUCAAAGGCCUGAUGCAUGUUCACAAUCAACUGGUGGAACCAACGCACAGCAUUAAGGACUACAAAGACUGAGAGCAAGAGUUUGGCAUCAAGCAUCUUAAAGGCAGUAAAACCUUAGCAAUGUGAAUCAUUUGAAAAUGUUUACUGCAGUGAAGUACGGCCCUGUCUCAGGGACCAAGGCAGACUCUACAGUGGUUACCAGGGAGACUGAAAUCAAGGAUCUGAGCAGGCAUU